CAGCACAAGGACCUCGAUUCUGAUUUACGUCCGGCUGGCUUAAUUAAUGAGUGCAUUAAUUUUAAUAUUUUGAUCGAUUUGUUACGUAUAUUAGAUGCAUGGACUUUUCACGUUUCACAACUACAGCAUAAAAUAUCUUUUCGGAAAUUCCAACGAACCGAAGUAAAACACCGCCACUCGCCUUUCCUUUUUCACUGUGAAGUGCAAUCAACAAGCAUGGCUGCCUCACUGGAACAGAUCUUGGCACGACUUUUAGAGCCUGAUAAUGAUGUUAUCCAGAAGGCUACUCUUGAGCUGAAGGAAGCUUUUAAAGAUCCUGCAACUUUACAGAAUUUGUGUCACAUUCUGGGCACUUCUACACAGCCACAGAUUCGACAGUAUGCAGCAGUUUUGAUUCGGAGGAAGAUUCACAAGUCCAAGCAAUGGGCGGCUUUAGACAAUACAAUUAAAGACAGUAUCAGGGGAAAUAUUUUGCAGCUACUUGUGCAAGAGGACAACAAAAGUGCUCGCUCUGCCAUAGCUCAGAUUGUUGGGGUCAUUGCACGGCAUGAUACCCCAACCAAUCAGUGGCCAGCGCUCUUUGACUUUUUGGUCAGUUACAUCAAGGAUGAGGAUCCAGCAAAAAGAGAGACUGGAAUGUUUGUGCUUUCCACUGUUACAUCGAUUGCCUCGGAGCAAAUGAAGCCCCACAUGGUUUCCUUACUGAAUCUCCUGGCCCUGGCUCUCAAUGACACUGUCAACAUCGAAGUGGCCUAUCUCUCCAUCAAGUGCAUGACAGAUUUGGUCUUCUAUAUUGGUGACGAUGAAAUGACUCACAUUCAGAACGUAGUACCCAGAGUACUAGAGGUCGUGCAAAGUCUGGCUGCUGUGGAUGAGGAAAAAGCUUGUGUGGCCCUGGAAUUUUUUGAUGAACUUCUGGAGUCUGAAGUAGCCAUCAUUGUUCCUCACCUGAAAACCUUGGUGCAGUACUGUCUACAAAUUGCAAGCAGCAAAGAUCUGACUGAUCCACUCCGCGUUAAAGCUAUGUCCUUUGUGUCUUCUUUGAUCAGACUGAAGAAAAAAACUGUGCUCAAACACCACCUGGUGGACCCUAUCCUCCAGACCCUGUUUCCCAUCAUUUGUGACGAUGAGGAAGAGGAAGACGACGAUGAAGAGGAAGUGGAGUCUCACAGACCAUCACAGUUUGCUGUCCAGGUCAUCGAUACAAUGGCUCUUCAUCUGCCUGCGGAAAAAUUCAUCAAAAAAGUGACUCCUAUGGUGGAUACAUGUUUGAAAAGCAGUGAGGCCAGUCACAGACGUGCGGCUUACCUGGUUCUGGCUGUCAUUGUGGAGGGAUGUGCAGAUUACGUUAUGAACAAGUUGCUGUCCCAGAUGCUGCAGACUGUGUGCCAGGGUCUCAACGAUCCGGCCUCCAUGGUGAGGAACUCUGCUCUCUUUGCCGUGGGUCAGUUCUCGGAACAUCUGCAGCCCUGCAUAAGCAAUUACGCUUCAGAACUUCUUCCUCUGUUAUUUCAAUACCUGAACAAGUCAAUGGAAGAAGUUGAGAAAAAUCCCAAGGGUGUUGUCAAGAGCCACUACGCUCUUGAAAUGUUUUGUGAGAAUUUAGGUGUGGGAAUUCUGCCGUAUCUCCCGUCCCUCAUGGAGUAUUUGUUGAGUGUACUUCGAAAUUCUCCUCUCUAUAAACCAAAAGAACUGGCCAUAAGUGCUAUUGGUGCUGCUGCAAAUGCUGCGGGUGUGGAGAUGCGACCAUACUUCAAGGACAUUCUGGAUCUCUUCAAGGCAUACUUGACCACUUCAUCGGAAGAGGAGGAAGUGAAAAAGCUGCAAGUAGCUGCAAUUGACACACUGAGUGUCUUGGCACGCAGCAUCGGUGAAGAAACGUUCCGUCCCCUUUCUCGAGAGUGCACAGAGUUGGGUCUGAAUCUUCUGGAAACCUCUACAGACCCUGAUCUACGCAGAUGUGUGUAUGGAUUGUUUGCAGCUAUUUCGAUCAUCUUGAAGACAGAGAUGGCCGAGUACCUGGAGAGGAUCACCAAGUUCAUGGUUUCUGCCAUGAAGUCCACAGAGGGAGUUAAGGCUCAUUUUAAAGAUGAGAGUGACACUGUGACCAUAUUCAACGAGGAUGAGUUCAACGAUGACGAAAAUUUGGAUGCUGAUGAUGAGGAUGACUACAAACUGGAGGGCAUCAGUGUAGAAAAUGCUUAUCUGGAUGAAAAAGAGGACGCUUGCUGUGCAUUGGGAGAGCUGGCCCUCAACACUGGUGUUGCCUUCCUGCCGUACAUGCAGACGGCGUACACAGAGUCCAUGGAGAUGGUGGAGUACCCAGCCGUGGGCAUUAAGAAGGGAGCCUUCCAGGCACUGUGCCAGUUCUGUCUGUGCGUCCAUGAGGCCCAGAAACAGUCUCAGUCCAACGAGGCUGCUGAGGUUCUCAACACAAUGAUCCAAGGAAUUGUUCCUAAAUACCUGGAAGCCAUCAAGACAGAGCUUGAUCGCACAGUGGUCAUGACUGCCGUUGACUCCAUACAAGAGAUGCUGGACAAGAUUGGUCAGCCAGUGCUGGCUAUCACAGGGGCCACUGAUGCUAUACUGACAGCCAUGAAGGAAAUCUUCACCCACAAAGUGGCCUGUCAAGACCAAGAGGAAGACGCAGAAGAAGACAUGGAAGCGGAGUACGACAGUAUGCUCAUCGAGUCCGCAGGGGAUGUGCUUCCUGUCAUCGCACGCCUCAUGGGGGGCGAGAACUUCUUGCCUUUUUUCACGUCCUUUGUCACUGACUUGCUCAAAAGAUUGAAAGAGACGUCCUCCACAUCAGAAAAAUCUUUCGCAGUUGGAACUCUGGCAGAAGUGAUCGAGGCUUGUGGGUCUCCUGUGGGAUCAGCCUUCACUAACACACUGUAUCCAGUCUUCACUCGGAUGACAAAGGAUGAGGAUGAGGAAGUGCGCAGCAACGCGGUGUUUGCCCUGGGUGUUCUUGCUGUCAAUGGUGGUGAUGGUAUGAUCAGCCAUUACACUGAUAUUUUGAAGACUCUGUUUGCCCUGAUGAAUGCAGAACCGAACCCCCGAGUGUUGGACAAUGUCUGUGCAGCUGUGUGCAGAAUGAUGUGGCACAGCCCCAGCCAUGUUCCAGUCCCACAGGUGCUUCCUGUUGUGAUGCAGCUGCUGCCUUUGAAGGAAGACUUUGAGGAGUAUGUGACAGUCUUCACCUGUUUGAUGAAAUUCUAUGGAGACAAUGUGCCAGAGAUUGUUCCUUUCAUUCCAAAAAUACUCAGUGUUGUAACUGUGGUGGUUGGAACGGACAAAAUAAAACCAGAGACCCAAUCUGUCCUGGUUCAGUUUGUGCAGAACGUCCGCGAGAAGUUCCCGGCAGAGUUUGACCAGGUUCGCUCUGGACUUGAGCCUGCUCAAGCGGCCGUGCUUGACAACUGCUUGACCAUGAACCCUGGAGCUCCCGUUGCAUCCUGAUGGCCAGACCUCCCCCCCACCCCUGUCUUUCUCACGUGUAGAACAGUGAUAGUGGACAACAGAUUUCUACCUAAGAUUCUAUUCCCCGUUGUUGGUCUUUUCCUCACACUGCCUCUGCCUACUAAUAUUGUAAACUUUUAGUUUUUUUCUGUUGCAGGAUGCGGUGCCUGUUUACUUCACUUUUGCUCGUGCUAUUUAAAUAAAGCAGGUGGAAGUUUGCCUCUUUUCGUUUUGCUGGCCAUAAACUGAAGGAAGUUCAUUCUUUAAGCAUGCAGCUUCCUUGCUUUCUGAGGGAUCCUACACUAUCAUCAUUACAGUGGCAUGUCUAGAUAGAUUUAUAUAUGUCUAGUGUUUUGUUUAGCUCCAUUAUCUUACAGUUGUUGCUCUUGAGCUCCCAAUUUAAGCAAUAGUAUUAGUGAUACAAUGCUGUUAUGAAUAUGGUGCGUUAAUGAAUUUUUGGAAAAUGACUCUCUUCAUACAAAGACAAAACAAAUUGGUAUGACUUGUUGUGGUUGGUGCUUGCAAAUUUUUAAUUCUUCAUGGGUAAAAACAACAAAUCUUUAGCAUCAUAUAAUUUGUUAGGUGUCUCAGAAAAGAAAUGUGUUCGUCAUAUGUGUUCAAUAUUAUGUUAGUAUGUGUAUUUACUUGACAAUUUACUUUUUGUCAGUGUCCCUUAGCUUAAUAUACCUCAAGCAUUCUGAUAGGUUUGCCAGAAAAAUGCUAAAAGGUUUUCUUGGGUGUAUUUGUUUUGUCAAGAUAUUUUGUGAUGUAGUGUAACAGCUUCAGACAUUGCGUAUUGUGUUAAAUGGGAAUGUACUACAUUUUUUUAUUGGCGGGCCACUUACAAACAUUAGAACAACAAUUAGGGCCAGUCACCGUCAAGGUAUGUAAUCUAAUGACAACUAGUGUAUUGAGUUAUAAAUACAAAGAUUAUUAGCAGUGACUACACCGACUGGCCUGGCGGGUCUGUCUUUAACACACUUCUGUUGUAGACUCAAGAAUUUUGUCCUUACGUUUGGUAGAUGAUAGGCUUCAAAUAAUAAGAAUUUUGUUACCGUUUAGACCGCAGUAAAUCUUUGUAUGAAAUGAUUUUAUCUGAGUGCAAGCUGUUUCGUACCACUUUUGAAUAAAUAUUAUGAUCUGAUGCUAAAUAAAAGAAUCCUGAAGAUGUUAUUUAGGUGGUCGCUGAAAAGUUCAUUAUAUUUUUAUCUGCUGCAAAGGGAAGGUACCUGAUGUAUAUGAAGUGUACAGAAAAUCAGUCCCGAGUUGAGUCAACUCUUCAAGUAACGCAACAAUACCCUAACCUUUUAAGAAAAGUUCUGUAGCCCUCAUGACUUUUUUUGAUAAGUUUGGACCUUAAAGUUUUCAAAUACUGCACAGUGUUUAGUUUACACUGCCCAUUUCAAACUUUAAAACAUCCUUGUAAAAAGCCUUUUCGCUGCUCAUGAGUUUUGAGCAUUUGGUUUUUGGCUUACUUUUAUUGAGGGUCUAGACUUAUCCCAAGUUGUUUCUUGAUGGUGUUUUCUGUGAAUUCAGCUCCCUUUUCUGUUGAAAAUGUUGCAAACUAAAAUUCACUCCACCCCCCACCCCACCUGUAAAAAAACCCAAACCCUUCUACAGCUGUCUAGUUUUGGGAAAUUACAUGAUGUGAAAAAUUUCUUUUGUAAUUUUGAUAUUGCAACAAAGGUUAGGUUUUUCCACUUUUGUGAAAGACGUAAGAAAAAAAAAGCAAAAAAAAAAUGUUUUACCAUGCAUGUGGACUGAGCUCAUGAAAGCUUUGCUCAGUGUACCCCUGGUUGUGAUACUCGUGGACACGUAUUUUACAAUUGUAAAUCUUUUACUGGAAUCAAUUUUUGUCCCUUGAAUAAGAAACUAUUUGUUGUAAGUGAAAAAGAGGAGAGAGAGUGUGUCUAUGUAUGAAGUUGAUGUGAUUUCAUAAUUAGAAUAAUAAAAGUAACAUUUGCGGGGAUAUUUUGCUACUUAUAAGCGCUGUCUGUGAAAUUGAAAAUGUUGGUAAGUUAACACGAAGAGGAACAUUUCCGGUUUGAAUGGAAAUUUCUCUGUUGUAAUGUCACUCCGGUAAAAGUCUUCAAUACACUGUUGUUUUCAAUUACCAUUUAUGGAGCGCCAAAGUAGAACUGUCUUUGUCACUUAUGAUUCAUUAUGAGAAUAUGCAUGAAAAGAGUUUUGUUACUACUGAAACAAAAUUACAAACUUAAAGUUAAUUUAUUAUUGUAAUAAUGUAUAAACAAUCAGUAAUUGGGUCAAUGCCUUUUUGUGAACAUGUUAUGAGAUUGUCCAAGUCAUAUCUCAUAUUUUUGGGUAAGUGUAAAAGAACUUCUUAAUGUCUUAUCUUUUCCUUUUUCGAGCCUUAAGGAUUUUGUUUUUAUGACUUGGCAAUUUAAUUUGUUUGCACAGUUACACGUUACUGUGUUGAGAUAGAGUUGCAUUCUCCUAAAAAUAUAAUAUUUUAUCACUCUAAAUGUUUUAUCUACAUUUCAUGGUGUUUACUUUUAGAGGUUAUUCUCGAAAGGGAUCACAAAGCUUGAAUUAUUUCUUAUCUGAUUUUAUUGUUUAGAUAUUAUAAGGUAUUUUUUUCUCUUAAGGAAAAGGAGAGGUAUGUUUUCAAACAUUAGGUGUCAUUAACCAUGUACAAAUAAUACCAUAUGUCAAGAGAUAAGAAUGCUGACUAUGCACUGUUUACUUUUGUCAUCCUCUUUGCUGUUUCGAAAUAUAUAAAUGUUAGUCCACAGUCUUAAUUUCAAUCUCGUAGAAGUGUUUGUGCCAAGGUCCGAUUUGUACAUAAAAUCUGUCUUAUUUAGUCUCACAUUCUUUCCUUGUUUGUGAAAUAAAUAAGAUUGACCAGUUUUUAAAAAUUAUUUGUGCUCAUACCAGUCAUAGGAUAUUGGAAAUUACCUUGAUUCACAUGUUUUACAGGUGAAUAAGGUAAAAAUUGAAAAGUGAAUUGAAAAAUGAAAAGAAAGGUGCUCUUGUUAAUUAAAGUAAAAUCACAACAGCAAGUGUGUAUUUUAGAGGGUUUCAUAUUUUAUACUCCUUUUUAGCUUUGGUAAUUUGUAGUAAGAAAUCACAAAGCUAGACUUAUAGUCUGUAACCUGUUUUAGAAAUGUGCCAAGUUUUAGCUCCUGAAAGGAAUAACGGUUACUAAAAUGCUCAACUCAAGACAAACUUUUGUGGAAAUUAAAUGUUGUUCGAAAUUUCAUGCAAACAUUUCAUAAGUAGAAUUUAAUACUUUUUAAAUAUAUUACUUGGCCAAUUGUUCCUGACAACUGUGGAUUAUUCUUUGUGUUUGCAUAAUCACUGGUGCUUGUGUGAACUUUUGUAGUUCCAAGUUUUAAUGCUAUGCAGUAUGCAUUGGUUGCACAAUGAAUUCAAUGAUGACUAUUGCUCUGUCACCGAGGACCCAUGAGAUGGUCACUCAGCGUACUGUGAGGCUCACAUCUUUUGGACCAUUGUAAUAGGGAGGAGUCUGCUAUCUCAGAGCCACUGAUUCACUCUUUUUUUCUUUUUGCUUGAAUGUUUCUUCAUUUUUAGCGCUUCUCGUAGUCAGACUCACAUUGUCAAAUAGACUUAAAAAUAAUAUCUCAAAAGACUUAAAAUGAGCUCAGCAGUAAAAUGAAUUCUUUUGUAAAUAAUUCAGACUUCAUGCCCUUGAUACCAGGUGCCUCUUUUGGAAGUAGAAAAUUGUGACUGUUUGUCUUUUCUUACUAAAAUCAUAACUGGUUCUCCAAAAUAUUCUGGUAGUAUUACUGAAGACAUUAUGUCAGAAUAUACUGCACACACCUGUACAUACAUAUACUAUAAUCCUGCAUGUGGUUUGAAAUAGCCAAAAUAUUAAUUUAACUUGGGCCUUCAAACAAAGACGUAGGACGGAUGGUGAUGUAAUUCUCACAUUUAUGGGGAAGAGUAAUAUUGGUGUCUUUUCUCUUUGUCCAUUGGGAUUGGUUUAAAACCUUUUCUUAUUGUUUUGUUGUUGUUUUGUUUUUUUAAAUUCUUUGACUGGAUAACAUUGUAGGCCUACCUGUCCAAGGAGAAUUUUGUGAACAAUUGUUUUUCUUUACAGGGUCCCCUCUAGUUGCCAUUUAAAUAUUGCUCGUUUAGUUCACUACAAAAAAAA